AUGUCUCUCCACACCUCCUACCACGCCGACUCCGAUGCGGACGAUGAGUAUGAACGCAGUGUGAUAACUUCACCGCACCUUAACAUCGACUCGGAAUCUUCUCCCACGGAUUCGGACAUUCAUUCAUCAGAACACACUCCCACCAAAUUCGGACAUCCGAUCGAUGGUCCUCGCUCACCGCGAACGCUCAUCACUGAAUGGGCAAUCGAUGAAUGCAAGGAAUUUUUGACAUCCCUUGGAUUGCUGCAAUAUCACGGUACAUUUCGAGAGAAUGGGAUCGUCGGUGAAGCCCUGAUUGCCCUAAAGCAUGAAGAGUUGAAGGAAAUGGGCAUCAACAGUGUGGGACAUCGACUGACUAUUUUGAAAAGCGUGUAUGAAAUCAAAGUCAAGCAAGAUGUCCCCCUCGAUGCAGAUCAUUAUAUUCCACUUUCGGCGGAUCAGAGUAUGAACGAGACUGCAACACAAGAGGAUCUCGCGCGUCUGAUUAAAUCGAUCCAAGUUCGAGAUGAAAAGCUCAUGUUUCUUGAAACGGAGCUCCGCCGGAUCACAGAUGAUUACCGGCGGUUGCGUGAAGAAAUCCUACCAGUGAUCAAAAUUGUAAAAGAUCGGUCACACCCAUUGCCUCCACCCUCUUCAGGUGGGCAAGCUUCAGAAAACUGGCACGACAGUACGGCCACUCUCACCUCAAAUACCCAACCUCCACUCACCCACGAACUCUCUUCUUCAUCGAAAAUUGUGCGGGCUUUCUCCAAGCGCAUUCACCCUAACGGCAACACACCCAAAAACAAUUCGCCAACCCAUCCUCCCCCUACGGGCUAUGAUGGACGCUCUCAUCACGACACCCUUAAUCCAUCAGUCGCUGGCUUAACCGCCUCAUCCCAUUUAACUGCCUUGAAUGGAGGGUCGCAACUAUCGCCUGGAAUUCCUUCACCGACAUCACCUCACCACCACCACGGUCACCCUCAGACACUCAAUCCACGAUCAUAUACCCAACCACUUUCCAGCGCAAACCGCAACACGGCCUAUGAUUAUGCCGAACAGACCCCGACAAUACAUUCUAGAGGAGACCGACUCACCCCGAGUCAGCUCCCAUCAUCUCGUGCGGAAACACCGUCCACUGCAUCCCGUCUCGACCCACGACUCGACAGGUCGGAUUCGCGGGGUGGCGGGGGCGGAGGCAGCAACGAAAAUCCAAAUAGCGUGGAAAUUUUCAAGUCAUUCCGAGUCUCUUGGGAAGAUCCCUGUUACAAGGUGCUACCGGCUGCUCUCAAGAAAUACAACAUCAACUCUGACUGGAAGAACUACGCGCUUUAUAUUGUUUAUGGGGAUCAAGAGCGUUGCCUGGAUUUACUUGAGAAACCCCUUCUCUUGUUCAAGCAGCUAGAAAAGGAAGGACGGAAGCCAAUGUUCAUGUUGCGAAAGAUCCACAUGGACAACCCUUCAGGUACUCCAGGGCCCGGCGCAUCAGCACCUAACAGCGCCGGCUUCGAUGGCGGCCGACAAGGACAAAUCAAUCUUCCAGGCGGCGUGCUCUGA